AUGGCGCUGAAGACUCUUGCCCUAGUUAAAAGAUUUGGAAUGGAAAAUAAGGGUAAGGUGUUGAUGCAAAAGUAUGAGAUUGGGAGAUUGUUAGGCCAAGGAAACUUUGCUAAGGUUUAUCAUGCAAGGCACCUCCAAACUGGCCAGAAUGUAGCCAUUAAGGUAAUUAACAAAGAGAAGGUUACGAAAGUUGGCCUAACUGAUCAAACUAAAAGAGAGAUAUCUGUUAUGAGAUUGGUUAAACACCCAAACAUAGUGCAGCUUUAUGAGGUCAUGGCUACCAAAACCAAGAUCUACUUUGUUUUGGAAUAUGUCAAAGGUGGUGAGCUUUUUCACAAGGUAUCAAAAGGAAGGCUCAAGGAGGACAUGGCAAGGAUGUAUUUUCAGCAGCUGAUCAGUGCUGUUGAUUUUUGCCACAGCAGAGGUGUUUAUCACCGCGAUUUGAAGCCGGAGAACUUGCUGUUAGAUGAAAAUGGAACAUUAAAGAUAUCAGAUUUUGGGUUGAGUGCCCUUGCUGAAUCCAAGAGGCAAGAUGGCCUACUGCACACAACUUGUGGAACUCCUGCCUAUGUAGCUCCUGAAGUUGUAGGUAGAAAAGCCUAUGAUGGCGAAAAAGCUGACAUUUGGUCUUGCGGGGGUGAUCUUAUAUGUACUAUUGGCUGGUUGCCUGCCAUUCCAUGA